CUUUAAUCUGCACUGUCUUCCAGGUCAUUUCUGUGCAUAAUUCAAAGUGAUGGCCAUUAUCUAUGAAGUCCUGAAAGGCUUUAGAUCAGAAUAAUUGAAAGAUCACUUCCUUCUGUACAUGUCUCUCUGCCCAAAGUAUUUGUCAUCAGAUGCCUUCCUCUGUGGUGCAUUUUUUCAUAUAUGGAUAAGAAAAGAUUUGUAGGGACCAAACAAACUAUGCCCUUCUAAUUCUCCUUCCCAUGCCAGGUUUUGUUAUUCUGCUUCCUUGCAAUUUUCAGACAAGCUUCAAAAACUGUUUAAUUUCUCCAAGCAUUUGAUUGCAUUUUUGCAUGUGUCUUUACUUGUGUUUUGACUAUUUUUUAUGAACAAGCACACAGAGAAAUUGUGUAUGUUUCCUUGUAGACUUUGUUGGGGAUAAAAAGAUUUUUGCCUCUGGGCAAAAGGGCGUGUAACAUUUGUUCUGCUUUCUGUGCGCCUCCCUUUAUUACUCCUCACUUGCUCUUAUUGGACAAUGUUCUUACAGCAUUCAAGUUCUGUUUUGUGGGAAAUCGAAACUCAGCAAGAGCAUUAGGUCCAUAUAAUUCCACCCAGAUGAGUUGGAACUUCACUGUGUUUCCACACAAGGUUCAUGAUUGGAAGUAAGAAGCCAGAGUCCAACCAGGAUACUGUCCAACAAGCCUUGAAAUUGGAUUCCCCUAUUUAAUUUCUAGAUCAGUUAGUAACUGGUGCCUUUAAGUGGAUGAAAUAAGGUGAUUUCAUGAUGAAAAUCUCUUUUGGAACAAUUUGAUGUUAAAGAAAGUGGGAAAAGGCAUGUAAUGAAGAUGUCAGACUUAGAAUACCAUGAGGAUGAGCUGAGAGAGUCAACAUUUCCGCUAGACAGUCUAAACAGUAAAGAACAACAAAGAUUGCCUGAAGAAGAUUCACUUUGCAUGGAAAUGGUGGAAUUUGCAACUAACAGUGAGAGAGAUGAAGGAAGUGACCCUUUAGAGGAAAAUGCCAAUGAGAUGAUUACCUGUUUUAUAAAAGGAUUUCCUGCACAGAAAGAAGAAAUUGAGAAAUGUAUUGGUUGUAUUCGGGAAGUGGCAGACAAAAUCGACAAAAUCCACAAGGACUGCACAAUUGCCACCAUCACUGCCAGCUCCGCAGGGGCCACCUCUGGCAUCCUGACCAUUGUAGGCCUGGCCUUGGCCCCUGUCACGGCAGGUGUGAGUUUAAUCCUGACAGGUACUGGGCUUGGAUUGGGGGUAGCAGCAGCAACUACGGGCAUCUCUGCUAAUAUUUGUGAACGUGUCAUGAAUUCAAAGGAAAGGGAAAAAGCAGAAGAGCUCCUGACAAAAUGUGAGGAAACCCUAAAUAAAUGCCAGGAGAACAUAAAAGCAACAAUGAACCUUGAUCAAGUAGAUUUCAGUUCUGGAUUUCCCACAGGUAACAAGGCCAAUGAGGAAAACGUUCAACAUUUCUUAUCCAAUGCCACUCAUCCAGUUCCAAAUCCAUUUGACACAGUAAAGGAAAUCAUAGGAAAUGUUGGAGCCAAUCCUAACUUGAAGGCCUCAAUAAAACAAGUUUUUUCUGCUGCCGGCCAGACAUUUCCAGCUUCAAGGAAAGGACCCCAAAUGGGAAGAAAAUCAUUUAGAGGAAAUGCCCUUGCCAUAAACAACAUGAGCAGAAUAGUAGGAAUUGCAUCUGCUGUAGCAGCUCUUCUGGGAAGUAUUUAUUGCAUUGUCCAGGAUGCCAUACACAUAAAAAAUGGAGCUAAGGCAGAAAUGACUGCUGAGAUCAGACAAAAGGCAUGUAACUUGGAAGAGACACUGAAGAAUCUCAACAACCUCUAUGAUGAAGUGAAAUGCAUUAUGUGAAUAUGAAAGCCAUCCUAGUUAAACAUCAGUUCUCUCAUUUUAGAGCAUUUGUUCUGCUGGUGAAUAUGGGAAAGUAGUUUUGCUUCCAAUAAAUAAGGAGCAAAGAUAUACUUGUAGUGGUAGGAGAAUGGGGUAAAGUUGAUCAACAUCUUCCUUAUUGUUUAAUAUUUGUAUUAAAAACAAUAGUUUAAUAGAUUAGAUAGACAUUGUUCAGAAAUCAGGAAAGCAUGAUUCCAAACUAAUAUCUUAUGGCAAAAUGUUUAUGUAAAUAAACACAGUUGUUAUGCUGCAGAAUCCAUUAGGAUCAGUCACACAUCUUUAAAACCUUUUUUUUAGCAGUAUGGAAAAGAUUAUGGGUACAGAUUGAAGCCAAGAUAGCUGGAAAAAAUAUAUUUAAAUGUAGACUCUGGCCCAAAAGAGAGAGCUCAAAUUAACAACAUACAACUAAAAAUACUGGAUAUGUUAAAAUACUUCUGCCUGGCAAUAUUUAUAGUUGCCAAGUAAUCCAAAGGGCUAAAUUAACUAGAUUAACACUUUUAUAUAUGGGAAGGGUUACAAUGAUUAAAAUGAAAACUUUUACCUCAUUUGUUAUUACUUUUGUCCAUAAUUCCAGUUGAAGUAACUGGGAAAACACUGAAGAAUUUUUUAAUUAUAAACCAUUCUAUGUAGAACUAUAAACUAGAGUAAAAUCUUCUGAAUUAUAACAUGCUUUAAAAUAAAAUGGUUCUAGACAUUCGAGUUAAUAUCAUUUCAGGACAAAAAAAAGGUGGAUGGGAUGCUGUAUUGACAGAAUGGGACUGAUGCAGUCAGUUACUACAGUAGAGUCUCAGUUAACCAGCACCCAAGGGGAUUGGAAGAUGCCAGAUAAAUGUAGUUCCUGGUUGUUUGGGAAUUUCUAAUAAAAACAGGCCUAAUAUUAUACCCUAUUCCAGGCAUAGGCAAACUUUGGCACUCCAGGUGUUUUGGACUUCAACUCCCACCAUUCCUAACAGCCUACCGUUGAAGUCCAAAAUACCUGGAGCGCUGAAGUUUGCCCAUGCCUGCCCUAUACCAUACUAUAAACUCUGUAUUGAUUUGAUAUUGAUAUUGAAAUGCAAAUGUAACUCAAUGCAAAUUAAGAAAAAAUAAUCUAUUUUUACUAUUUUACUGUAUUAUAAAAACACCUUAUUUUAUUUAAUACAUUAUUUCUUUUCUUUUCUUUUGCCGGUUGCUUGCGAGUUCUGGUUGCAUGGGUUCUGGUUAACUGAGAGUCUACUGCACUUAAAAAUAUAUAUACAGUAUGACUUCUUGAAGAAUCCCAUUGCUAAGGCCUAAAGGAAGAUAUUAAAUCUACCUCAGUUUCCAUUAUUAGUAACUCCUGUUUUGUGAAAGCAAGAAAUAUAGAUAAUCAUCACCCUUUUGGAAUUAAGAAAAACACAACUCCUCUUAAUGGAUUCUGGAUCUCAUGUUAUAGUUUUGAAAACUGUAUGUUGAUUAAAGGGAUUGCCUCUUCCGUAUUUCAUGGGAACUCCCGUAUUGCAGCUAAUUGUUCUGGGAUAAUGGAGGACUACAGAAAGGUAUGGGGGAAGAAGCCACCAGGGGAGAGAGCCCCAAGUAAUUGAAUUCACUUGUGGUGAGGAAAAGAGACCGGGCUUAUAGGGUCAACGCUUCCCCCACACAAGAACCUCUGCCAAAAUUGUAUUAUAAUUCCCACCAUCAUCAGUUAAGAUGAUCACUUGUCUUGGGUGACGGGAGUCCAAAAAUGUCUGGAAUCCCUAGGCUAGUUACCUAAAUAAUCCUAACAAUAGAAAAAACAUAUAUUGUUUCCUUUUAACAUAACUCUGACUUUGCAAGUGGCUAUGAAGACAGAUAGGCAGACUCCAAGGUUGUUAUUUUUUCCUGAAAUGAGGACCCAAAAAGAGCUGGGGACCAGGAGUGACCGCAGGUUACCCCAAACAGCUUGAAAGACCAAUGAGGAUGAUCGACCACAACUAACCCCACCGUACAACUUAUUAUUCCUUUCCCAAUCUAUACACAAAAUAAAAGUGAAAAUCUGUAUGGGUGUAUGUGGCAGGGGUGUCGGCUCACACAGACAGCCUCCAACCUCCACAAACAGGCUAUUGUUCCCAGUGUUGAGAAGCCACCAAGUCACUGCAGGACAAGUCACACCCAGGACAUUGCAGGUUACAGCGAGCACAUCCCAGUGUUCCUUUAUCUCUCCAUUUGCAUGACCCCACCCACUGCCUCUCCCUUAACCCUUUCCUACCCUUUCCUAGUUCCCCUCUAUUCCGUGAGCCCUCAGAACCCCACCAAUGACAGAUCUGGACCAGACUUGACACACAGACCCAACACUGCCAACUUGGGGUGAUUGACCUUGGCACCAGAGAGUUAUAGUUCACCUGUAAUCAUAGCACAUUGAAACCAGUAAGUGAUGGAUCUGGACCAAACUUGGCACACAGACCCAACAUAGUGAACUGUGAAUCCUGGGGUGGUUUUGGGAGGAUUGACCCAAGAUUUUUGGGAACUGCAGGUCACCCACAUCCUUAUGCAUUUGCUAAUGGAAGCAUUCAUAAAAAACAAAAGCAAAGACUGAUUUUAUUCCUAAGCCAUAGUGUAACAUAGGACCAAACUGAUAUUACCUCACAUUCAAAAACAAACAAGGCCCUUUUCAAAUAACCUGGGCAUUGCCAGGUACCCAAGCUAAUAAAUAUCAAAAGGGUGCAGCUAUAAUCCUUGGCCAAAUAUGCUCUGGGGAUGAAACAUUGCCAUGUCUCCACACAAUAGUCAUCUCCCUUGACACCUUAAACCUAUCAGGUUGGAAAAAUCACCCCUUGUCCUACUAUAUAGGAAAGGAAAAGAAGGGGAGAAGAAGAAAGGAAGAGGAAGGAGAAGAGUGAAUACCAACCAACAAGCAUAGUUUACCAAGAUAAUCCCAUCCUGAACUAAUGUGUAUCUUGUGGACAAAAAGGGGCAGCAUGGAUACAAGAGGUGCUCAAGAAUUCUUCCAGUAAGAACUUUAUUAAGUUUCCCAUCAUACUAUGAACUAAUCACAAACUGGAAAUGAAUGUACUUUUGAACCAAAAAGACUGCAGUGUAAUUUACACGAAUCACAGUUAUUGCUCAUUUUUUUUCAAAUGCCUGUCAAAUGUCUAUAAGAUGUCCAUGCUUGUAACUGAUUUAUGUCAGAUUUGGACAAUUUCAUCUGACAAUUUGCCUUGGCCAACGAAGCAAUAAAUCAACUUCUGAUUCUG